AAAAACAAAAUUGACAGAUGUCUGAAAUUUAACAACGAUUCGGAAAAUGGCAGCCGAGAUUAAACCUGCUGUACAAUCAAACGAUCAAUUUAGUCCGAAAAAGCCCGCACUUUUAGCAAAGCUAGAUGGAUGCAACAACGACGUCAAUGCAGCAGUUCUAAUCCCUGGAGAAGAUGGAGUUAUUAGUGUAUCAGAUGACAAAACUGUUCGAGUAUGGCUGAAAAGAGAUUCGGGACAAUAUUGGCCAAGUAUUUGUCAAUAUAUGCCUAGUGGAGCAACAUCAGUUUAUUAUACAGUUGAAACAAGACAACUGUUUAUAGGCCAAGAAAAUGGAACAAUAUCAGAGUUUUCUUUGGCUUCUGAUUUUAAUCGUAUGAUGCCAGUAAGAGAAUACUUGGCUCAUCAAGCUCGAGUUACGCAAAUUAUAUUUGCAAUCACCUGCGAAUGGGUUUUAAGUGUCAGCUGUGAUAAGAUGUUUUCUUAUAACUGCACACAGACAGGACGUAAUAUUGGUACAUACACGCCAGAGGCCUGGUGUACAUCAUUAGAAUUUGAUAGUCAAACCAAACAUGCGUUCAUCGGAGAUUAUUCCGGGCAAAUUACAAUGUUAAAACUAGAUAACAAUGGCGCAAGCGUUAUUACAACAUUAAAAGGACAUUCUGGUUCUGUACGAUCUAUAGCCUGGGAUAUGGAAAGACAGAUGUUAUUUAGCGGAUCUUUUGAUCAAACUAUAAUAAUAUGGGACAUUGGAGGCCAACAAGGAAAUGCUUAUGAACUACAGGGACAUCAUAACAAAGUCUCUGCUCUAUGUUACCUUAGAACUUCAAAAAAAUUAAUAAGUGCUGGAGAAGACAGUGUGUUAGUUUUCUGGGAUAUGGUUAAGAACAGAAAGGAAACACCUGAAUGGGUAGAAUCUGAUUUAUGUCAGUUGUGUGGGCGACCUUUCUUCUGGAAUUUCCGUGCCAUGAUGGAUCAACGCCAACUAGGUCUGCGACAGCACCACUGCCGUCACUGUGGAAAAGCUGUGUGUGAAAAAUGUUCAUUACAUAGAUUAACUAUUCCUUCUAUGGGUUUUGAAUUUGCUGUUAGAGUAUGCGACACGUGUAAUGCUUUAUUAAAAGACAAAGAGCGACCGUCGUUAGCUACAUUCCAUGAUGUUAAACAUGCUGUGGUAGCAAUGGAUUUAGAUGAACCAUCUAAAAAACUUAUCACAGUUGGACAGGACCGUCUAAUUAAAAUAUGGGAUAUUUCUUCAUUAAUUUAAAUAUACUAUUUUGUUCAUAAGUGAUUUAUGUUAUUAUUAAUAAUAUUUAAUAUCAGUCAUGAUUUGUUAAAAUAGAUUUGUUAUGUAUAUGUUAUAUGAUAAUAUUUAAUAAACAUUAUUAAAGUACUGUCUAAUUUAA